UAAUUGCGUUAAUCUCACAAUUGUAAGGAUCGUCAGGAUGGAAGUUAACUCACAUGCUGUGACUUGUAUAAGUUUGCGCGUUGCCAUUACUUUCAAACAUAAACGUUUGAUUGGUCAGUCUUAAGUCGUAAGUCUUAGAACUUGGCCACAGUAUACAGUAGCGCAACUCUCUUUGAUAUGUGAAGCCAAAAUCACAGUGCGCAGACGCAAGCUCGGUCACUUUACACGGUAUCGCCAUCUGAACUUCUCUCUCACUUACUCUUCUGUUUUCCGUCUUUCUCGUUUAGAAAUUGGCGGGUAUUAGCUGCUUGCCUAUCGUUGAUGUUUUGCGAAAUAAUAUUUUAGAUAUUUAAAGAGAAAUAGAAUAAGCAAAAGUGAAGUAAAGUGAAGUAAAGUGAAGUGAAGUAAAAUAAAGUGCAGUGAAAUAAAAGGAAGAAAGGAAAUAACAUUUAACCUUAAAGAGAAUUGUGAAUCUGUACAACAUAUAAUAUUGUACAGAUUUUCAAUUCUCUUUCAGAAAACUCUUGCACUUUGAUCUUAGCUCUGUUUCAGAUACAAGAAGAAAACACAGAAAUUAGAGAGAAAAUGAGUGAAAAAAGUGUAAAAAAGUGUUCUAUAAGAGGUUGUCCUGGAAAUCUGAAGAAAGGAAGACAUGUAUUUAAAUUUCCAAAAGAAUAUGACAGAUGGUUGCAAUGGGUGCAUUUAAGUGGAAGACUGGAUUUAGAAGAAAAAGGUCCAGAAUAUUCUUUUAGAAAUUGUCGACUAUGUCGUCUACAUUUUGAGAAGAAAUGUUUUAAAGUUAAUAAAAAGAGAAUUCUUCUUCAGCCAGAUGCCAUACCCACAAGAUUUGGAAAAGAUUUGCAGGAGUCAUCAACUAAAAUAAUUGAUGUAGAAACAGAUGCAGAAGCAGAAAAGGACGCAGUAUGCAUGAAUGAAGGAGAAAGCAUACAAGAGCAAACAAGCUUUACAACAGAAGAAGAAGAAGAAGGAAAUAAAACUGACAACAAUAUAGAAAAGGAAAUGGACUUUGAAAUUGUGAAACCAAGCACGUCUAAUACAUUUUGCAAAAUAAUGAUGUCGAAAGCAACGAUGACAUCGAAAAGAAAGAAUAGCCCUACAAAGGAACAAUUACGUACAAGGAUAGAGAAAUUAAAAUUAAAGAAUAAGGUUCUCCAACAAAAACUGCGACGUCUUGAGAAGAAACAAAAAAUCAUCACUAAAGGAUCACGAAGAAACGAAAAAGAUGAGCAUUGAUGGGACUAUGGGGAAACCAAAUAAAAUGUAAAAAGCUGAACGGUCGUAUUCCAGUUCUAUAUUGUCUUCUUUCUUCUUUUCUUUCUUUCUGGAUUGUACUCAGCGUAAAUAACUGAAGUACGCUCUGGAAAGACAGAGAAAAGGUAAGAAGAAAGUAAGUAUGACUGUAAGUUAGAUAUUAGCGAAUUAGUUAUAUUAUGCGUCGAUAUUAUUAAUUUGGGUUUUAUACGUUCAAUUUAUACUUAUAAUUGUAAUAAUAGAAUUUUUUGAAACAAAAUGCGUAUCUUCAAAUACACAUUUCAUUUAAAAAACUCAAGUAUUUUUUUAAACGAUAUGUAAAUUUCCAAUGUAUAAGUAUGUUUCAUUGCAUUUUAUCGAUUUUGUAUGUAUUAUUAUAUAAUAAUUUUACAUUUUGUGCUCAACAACUUUUUUAACUUUAUUUUCUUUUUUUCUGGAUCGUACAGAGGUGGACCGAGUAGCUGAAGUACGAUCUAAUGAAAGAAACUUUUAGUCAUACACAUAGGGUGUCAGGUAACGAUCGCCCGUGGUUUCGUGGAUUGAUAGAUCAAGUAAAAAUGAGCACAAAAGUCCUUUACCAUUUUUUAAUAUUUGCCAUAGUUAACGAAAUAAAAAUUAAUAAUUA